AUGACUCGCCCGUAUCCGGCUGCGGAGACGGCCCCAGUGGAAGCUGCGGACGUUUUGGUGCCCCCGGAGUCCUCGCCCAUGCAGGAGCGUGAUGUUGCCGCUGAAGCACCUGCUGCGCCAGAUCUUCUCCUACCAAAUGCCGUCAUCGCCAUCCGGCCAGGUGGUUCCCCACGCCCUGCCAGCAAGAGUGACAGGAUGGUGGAAACCAAAGCCCUGGUGGACCGCAUGCUGGAGCUGAGAAAGUCCCACGGUCUUGAUCUGUGGAUGGAGGUCUUCGAGGUCUUCGACCUGGUCCAGGACGUGGACCUCAAAUUCCUGGAGAGCAAGAAGAGAGCCAUCGCCCUGCGCUUGCAUCCGGACAAAGUCGAUGACCAGAUGGCCAAGUACUGCGGUGGCCGUGACCGCGUCUACGAAGCCUACUACUUCCUUGACGAGGCAUUCGACCAAGCCAAGGCGUGGCUGAAGGAGCACGGCCAGGGCAACACGUAG